AAUCAUGUGACUCAAGUUUGUUUUUUUCCGGCCACGACUCGAGUUAUAGCAGGCAUGUGAGUCCUCGGUCAGUCCACAACAGAACUUAUCCCCACUACACCACGCAGCAGAGAGCGGCAAAAUCCUACGUCUUUACCAGAGCGAAGCCCUGACUCGUGGUCUGUCGUGUUUAGCUUUGAGCUAAAGCCGUUCGAGAUUUCAAAGAGAGUCAAAAUGAGUUCCUCAUCAGAUACGUAUGCCUCUAUCCGUCGUGCACAGCUAACUUGUGCCUAUCUUCACACUAACAGCACGACUCAUGAAUUCUUGUUUGGGGCCCUUGCGGAACUAGUGGACAAUGCCAGAGAUGCCUCAUCUAAAAAGAUUGAUAUUUAUACAGAACCAGCCGAGUCAUUCCGUGGAAAAUUUAUGCUUUGCUUUAAGGAUGACGGAGACGGGAUGGACCAAAGCGAAGUCGCCAACGUGAUCCAGUUUGGUCGUUCCAUCAAGCGGAAAGUGGACCAGCACAUGAUUGGCCAAUAUGGCAAUGGCUUGAAAUCGGGAACGAUGCGGAUUGGUAAAGACAUGUUAUUGUUCUCUAAAAAGAACAACACCUUAAAUUGUCUCUUCCUGUCGCAAACCUUUUUGAAGCAAGAAAAACUGGAUGACGUCGUUGUGCCAAUGCCAAGCUGGGAUGGGAGUACUAAGCAGCCAUUGUUGAGAGAAGGCGAAAAGCUUGCUGACCACCGGUUGGAGGUGGGAAUUAUCAUGAAGUACUCGCCUUUCAAGACCGAACAGGAUCUUCUUGAUGAGUUUGAUAAACUGAAUAAAACAGGGACUCUCGUCGUCGUGUAUAACAUGCAGACCAUGGAUAAUGGCGAACCAGAGCUAGACAUCGUGUCGGAUCCACACGACAUCAAGAUGGCGGACCCAAAUGCUGGAGAAAGAUACUGCGAGGACGAUUCUGUUCUUCCUGAGCGGAAGUCUUUCCGUGCAUACUCGGCCAUUUUAUACUUGGAUCCAAAGAUGAAGAUCUAUAUACAGCAUAAAAAGGUUCAUACAAGAAGGCUGAUCACGUGCUUGUAUAAGCCAAGAGAAUACCAGUUCACAUCAAGCAGAUUCAAACGACGAUCCGAGAAGGAGGCGGAUAAAGCUGAGGAAGAGUACAAACUCGCGCAAAGCAAUUGCCGCGAUGUCGUUGCUCAUAAAAAUGAGAUGGAGGAUCCAGCUAAUCUGUCAAAGAUGUCUAUGGCGGACCAAAGAAAACUAAAUAAAGAGGUUGCAGAAGCACAAGCCGAUGUGAUAAUGAAAAAGAAAACUGCUAUGAUGAAAAGAAAGUCAACAAAAGAUCCAAAGACUCUCAAGUUCAUGUUUGGUAUUAACCUGGAGAACAGGAAGUGCUGUGGUGUCAUGGUGUACAACUGCAGUCGGCUAAUCAAGCUGUACGAGAAAGUCGGCUGCCAAACGGAGGGUGGCAUAAAGGGCUAUGGAGUGAUCGGAAUAGUGGACAUACCUUACUUAGUUCUCGAACCGACACAUAAUAAGCAAGAUUUCGCCGAUCACAAGGAGUUCAAGUCACUCACGAGGGCGUUAGGGGAGCAUUUGGAUCAUUACUGGUCAGAAUGUCCUAUUGCCUCACAAGGUCCGAAGAAAUUUUGGGAGACAUAUGGUUACCUAAGCGAGAAGCUACAGGAAAGCCCCUCAAACGAGCCGAGAUACUUACGUAAACGCAUGAUGGAUUCAACGAUAUAUGUUCAAUGUGAUAAAUGCCUGAAGUGGCGGUCGCUGCCGUUCCAUUCUAGUCUAAUCGGUAAAGAUCUUCCCGAUGACUGGUGCUGCAGGAACCACCCAUUGAAUGAAUACAAACAUUGUCAUAAGCCUGAGCAAGCUGUUGAUAUUCCAAAAGCCACCUUGAAGAAAGUUGUUAAGACCGCCGAGGAAAAACGCGAAGCACUUGAGAAAGAGCUGAAAAAGAACCAGCAAAAACUGGAAGAACUACAGCGAAGAACAGGUGCCCAACCGUCUACAAGCAUGGAUGAAACGUCGCACAGGGCUGCAUCACCGCAGUCCGCCUCUGCUGCGACUAGGGUAUCAGGUAAUUCAAGGCAGCCUUCUCCCCGUCCGCGACAACCUCAGGCUACUCCUGCUCAAAGACAGCAACGCGUGGCAGCACCGCCACCGAAACAGGUUGCCAAGCCGACAAGAACACCUCAAGUACAAGCUCCUCCUCAAAGGGCUGCUGCGCAAAGAGCUACGAGGAACCUGAACGCAGAUAGCAACGCCAACGAAGCUUCACAAAGCCAGGGACAGAAGCGGCCGCUCACACUGCCUGUGAAACAGGAGGCUCAGUCAAGUUCCAAGAGGAAAAAGGAAGAUCCCAACAUGGAAUGGAGCAGUGACAGUGAACUCUCAGUGGCAAGCCCAGCUCCCUCGCCUUCACAACACUCCGUACCAGAUAUUGUUUCGUUGCAAGGGCGUUUGUGCGAAGGCAGAACCGAGAAUGACGAGUGGCACGUGGCUACAGUCAUCCAGGUCAAACAGAGCAAUAAUGGUGUAACUAAAGUCAAGGUCAAGUAUCGAGAUCACCCAAAGGAUAAAUUCGAUAAAUGGUACGUGUACCCAGGUCCAGAAAUCCACUUGCUAGAGCAGAAAGAUGGCCCUAUUUCACAAACGUCAGCGACGAUACCUACGUCACCAACAUCUGUCACAUCCCCUCGCUCAUCAGUCGCAUCUCCGCCAAGUCGCCAGGCGAGUCAACCCGCCAGCCCAGCUGUAGAGUUACCCAGUACAACCACUACCAUAGGGCUAGCCUGCACGGCAGCGGCUGUUACAAAUUUUGACAUGACGUCACCCGUCCGGUCACCGGACACUAACGUCUCGUCCUUCGCUGAACGUGAAGAGAUACUACAGCAGCUGGGCAGGUCGCUAAGGGACUGCUUGGUGUUCUUCAUCCCACCUGAUUACUCGGUCUCGAGAGAACAAAUACAUAGUUUGUCAUUGGAAGAACUUCGGGACUUCCCCAUGGCUGACUUCAAAUCGAAUUACGAGCGCCACCUGAAAGAGUUGGUAACGGAUUUACAAAAACGUGCAGAAGAGGCGGAGGGUAGGGUUGCAGAAUUAGAGAGGCAGAAGGCUGAAGUAGAACAACAGUUGGCUCAGACAAGCGACGCGAGAACCGAAGCUUGCAGAAAGCUCUCGGGACUUCGAAGAUCAGCCCGUCAGCUCAUCGUCGCAUUGCAUAGCGGGGACGUCCUGCCCGACUCUGACGAUGUGGACGUGGUUUUGGCCAAUAUAGCACAGGAAGCGGAAGAGCAGCAGCAUGUGUUAAACGGCUAACGAGGCGACUAUAACGUCCAGGAGGCGAGUGGGAUCCUCAACCUGUGUUGUCAGGUUGACAAGGGAUUGCGAUAACUCCUUCAUUUGCAUCUCGAUAUCUUGCCCGUGCCACGUAAUCGCCCAUUUUAAAAUAAGGUUGCACAGGAAAAUCCAUUUGUUGUAACCCACAGUUGCCCCCUAGGUAGCGUAUAAAUAGAUGAGUCCAUGAAGCAGUGCUCAUUACGACACAUGGAUUCACCGAGUGCAACCUUAUUUGAAAUAGGUGUAUACGUCGUGCGAUGACCAAGUCUGCAAGGAUUAACGAAGAUCUACAGUCCUCCUUAAGGGCUAUACGAGCUAUGAUCAGAGACGCCAUUCUAAUUGGAAGGUGAUCAACGACAGAAAACGUACCUUUUGUUUACUGAACGUUACAGAGAUUGAUAUUUCUGGGAACAAAUGAAGCCCUGCCAUUAGGGUUCUUGUAAUAGCGACAAUAAGCACGACAGACGACAGCACAGCAAAGAUCUUUUACAUAACUAGAUUACUACGGAUCAUGGCAAUAACAAAUGGUUGAUAAACUUCAACUACCGUCAUCAAAGGACAAAAGAAACGAUCGGUCAAUGGAGCUGCUCGCGGUAAUCAGGAAAAUUCAUCAAGGUAUCUCACCUGGUACUUUUGUUUCCGUCUGGGAGCUGUGAAUGGAAUUAAGCGAGGUAGCUGUAAAUACCACUGUGAUAGAACAAAUAGGCAAGUGAGUUGCCUUACUUAAAAUGACUUCAUUCUAUCACAAGGUACUGCCCACUGGUUACACAUUUGACUAUAGAUGUACCUCGAUACAAAGCAGGAACUCCUGGCAACCACUGCCAACAAGGUUCUUCCUCAAUGCCCAUAAAGGCAUUGAAUGCAAGAUAAGGUAAUUACCGUGGAUAUCUCAGAUGAAAACAAACUCACUGUUGCGAGUAAAUGGGAUCCUGAUCUACGGAUAAUCAUCCUAAUAAGAUGGAAUUAUCAAUCGUCAUCCAGAAUGUGCAUAGUUAUAUUAACGAGUGCCAGCAGUUGUUGUUCAUAUGAAAUUGAAAUUCGUAUUAAUUUAUAUAUAAUUCAUAUGAUAUUUUAACAUUGUCACUUCGUUGUACAUUUUAUUUGACACGCACCGCAUGUUUUUUUAUAUAUAUAUAUAAAUUCUUGGUCUGACAAUGUUUUGAUAAAUAAAUUCAUUAAAGAACCUUUUCCGCAUCUGGCGAAUUCGUAGCCAGAUUCAUAGAAAAGAUUCAGAUUGAUAGAAAAUGUUUCAGUAGUGGAUAAGAACAAUGGUUAAAACAAACC